AUAAAAAAUGAAAUUUUGUCUGAGCCAGCUAGUUAACAGCAAAGUGUCAGCGGUAAAAUUUAUUGCUUUAUUUGAUAGACAAUAAUUAAAGUUAAAUAAUUAAGUUAUUUACAAUAUUUUUUACUUAUUUAUUUAAUUAAUUAAUUAAUUAAAAGUGUCUGUAAUCUACAAUUGCAUGUAAGUCAUCCAAUGUCGUUACCGGAACCAACCGAGGAGAUGCCUCCUAUUGAACAAGACAUAGUCAACUUAGACAUUAAUGAUGAUAAGACAGAAUCAAAACCCAAAAAGGCCAAGAAGAAGUCGGUUGGUUUUGCUCCCUUACCAGAAGAAGACUUAAAGGAACAUCAUGAAGUAAUUCACAAGAAGGAAGUGGAAAGAAUGAAGUCUAACCCAUUCCAUCGCAUCCCUAACGAAUUGAAGUAUUUGGAAAAAAAGAACUCUCCCAAUCCCAAACCCAUUCCAUCAUCGUUGCCGGUCAGAAAAGUUGUAUCACCUACAUCUCCCACAUCCCCAACCAUCAAUGCUGCUACUACUACAGGUCUUGGGAAAUUGCGCCAUUUGCCCAUUAAGGACUUUUCCGUUCAGAACAAGCAGACUGAGUUGAAUUUCGAUUAUCCUUCUAUAGACUUACCGAUCCCUGCGACUUCGUUACUUGUCAAAAUUUUAUACACUUCAUUAAACUCUUAUGAUUUGCAUAAGAUAAAUAAGUACCUCUUAAAUGUGAGUAACGUAAAAAUUGGACUUGGUUAUGAAUAUGUAGGAGAAGUUAGAGAAGUAGGUACUAGCUUUAAGACCAAUGAUGCAGCCUUUAAGAUUGGUGACAAAGUAUACGGAAUGAUUGAUCCGUUAAGUAAGAAGGGAACACUUUCUACUAGUUUAUUGAUUAAUCCAAAUCGAGAUGUAGUUAUAAAAGUAACGGAUCCACUACUUGCCAAGUUACAAGACAUUGAUAUUGAGAUCUCAUUUGCUCAUGAAAGUGAAGCUCGUACAAGGGAUAAUAAUGAAAACUUUGACAUCGAUUCUUCUUCUUCUUCAGAAAUUGAGGAAUCAAGUACCGAGAUUUCGCCUAAUAAUACCCUAACUAAUGAAGAAGGUAUACCAUCACUUUCUAAACUAAGCACGUUCUCGGUACUCUACAGUAAAGCAAAACAGAUCCUUUCACAUCUGAACUUUAGUGCAACAAGUCCCAAAGCUACUGUGUUAAUUAAUGGUGCAGAUACAAAUCUCGGAUACACACUUGUUCAAAUAUUACUUUCUAGUCUUUACGAUUUCCAGGAUAGACUUUCUUUAAUACUUGUGAUUAAAAGAGAAAAUGAAAAAUUAUUUGGAAAUUUUAUAGCUAAUUUGCGUCGCCGAUAUUACGAUCCUCUGAAACAAUUGAAUAUUUCAAUUGUUACAUUUGAUCAAUUCAAUGAUGAUCUUAUCUUGAAGGGGGAGAAAGUUCCUAUAAAAUUCAAACCACUCGACACAUUUCUCAAUGAAGUGGCAGAUACCUUAUUACUUGAAGGAGUGAAUGAAGAAAAUAUCAAUGAUUAUAAAGUGGACUUAUUUGUUGAUAUAAUAGGAUCAAGGCGGAUGUUCCAGGUUGAUGGAGGUGAAUAUAAAUUGAAGAAUCCUUAUUUUAUAAAUACCAGCUCCAAAAUCUCUUAUUUGCAAGCAAUACUUCGACCAAAAUCGACUGGCUCAUGCUAUGUUUCUUGCUGUAAUUUCAAUCUUUAUGAACCUAGUUAUGAAAUCGAGAAGUUACUUACUUCAGGCGGCGAGUCGGAAUCUAGUUCAACUGCCACAUCAAGUGUAUGGUCAUCUAAAUGGUCUGCUAAUUUAUUCAAUAAGUGGACUGCUUACAAUUAUUAUGAAGAAUUUGAACUUAAGUUAUCCAAAAAAUGGAUAUUAGAAGCAAUUGAGCUAGUCCUACUUGAUCAACUUAAGUUUAAAAUCGAUGAUGUUAUUGAUUGGAGAGUUGGGCUUAAGAAUUAUAUCAAAAGAUUAAGGCAAGAGGAUAAGAAGUUUAUUUUCAGCAUUGAAGAAUUCAGUUAAAUUAUUUUAAUUUUCAGUUAAGCUCUCUUUGACACACUGCUUCGCUCUUUUACGUUUAUAUGGAAUGAAAUUUGCAUUUUCGGGUUUUAAUAUAACUGUAGGUAUUGGAUGUUGCGGGGGGUCAUGAAUCUCUGUCGCAAUUCGUCUAAUCUUUCCGAACUCCACUCUGAUAAUUUAGAUAACUUUAUUGAACAGCAAUCCAGAAAGUUGGGGCCGUAGCCGACAUCGAGCAAUUAUACCUUCAAGCAAUAACGGUCAUUCGGUUAUGUGUCUUGCACCCUUUUGAUUACAAAUUGCAUAUGGUUUUGCAUGUCGGGACAGAUAGGAGGUUAUGAGGUUAUAACAGAAUGUGUCUAGAUUUUCACAAGAAAUGCUAAACUAAAGCUUAUUAUCUGUUUAGCAAGAGCCUAUAAAAGAGAGGGGAGGCACUCAAUAGUUCUUUUGCUUAGCAAACCUGUUUAGCAAGAGCCUAUAAAAGAGAG